AUGCCAAGAAUGUUCCACGAGAGUGUGUAAAAUAGUUAUUUUAACUGUCUGUUAAUAUGUGUUUGAAUUGACGACAAAGAGAAUUUCUUAGAAAUUGGCCUUUUGACUGUAUUGGAAUGUUUAAUUAAUGUCAAUGAUUUUGGGCAAUAGCUGACUUUCAUUCCCGAGUGUUAUGUUCUAUUGUCUUUCUUGUCAAAUUAAUUUCGCUUUGUAUCUUGUCAUACGUUCCCCUCUUCCCAGCAAAAAGUAGCUGAAAACAAACUUUUCGUUACGUGCUAAAGAAAUGCCCCAAGAAUGCAACUGUGACCCAUUCGACCCUGAGCCCGAACCACUUGACUAACAUCUUCACUAUUCUUCAUAGUCCACACAAUGUUUACUUAUUUAUAACACGGAUGGUGUCUGACAGAUCAAUUCAUGACCGGUCUCAAGGGAAUACCAAUUUACUUGCAUCAAUAAUUGAAUGCAUCUUGACCCCGAUUAAAAUAAAUCCGCCUAAAGUUAAAGAAACGUCCAAGGUCACGCUUUUAUUUUUUUAAUAGAUUACAAUUAUGGGUUUUAGACUUAAGUUUUGUGUUCACGUGUGAUCGUAAAAGGCCUGUGUGAACAUAAAACGGUCACAAUGGCCUUCAGAUGAAGUAGUGUUUCCGUGAAAUGCUUUUGCAGACUUGCAAUCACAAAUCUAAAAAAAAAAAAAAAAAAAAAAAAAAAAAAAAAAAUGAAGUUACAAUACAAAGUAAAAUGGGGGUGGGGGUGUUAACUGUGAGCACCAAUACUAUCUAAAUGUCUCCUUACUUUUACAUAUAAUCCGCCUAAUCCCAGUGGAGAUUGAACAGAUGAUUUUUGACAUCUAAUACUAACUGUCUGACCUCUUUAGGUCCGUUCAUCCAACACUUCCUAAUUGUGUCCGGCUGGUUUGAUUAGAUAAAGCUUCAAACGGUUGCAAUUAGGGUAAUACUUCUCUAUUUGUAUUUUGAAUUAAAACGUCUAUUGUGCAAGGAGGGAAACUUUCACUUCACCAAUACUGUAAGAAACACAUUGCAAUUCACCAAAGCUUAUUUCGCCUCCUCAUGAUGGUAUAAACUGCUUUGACACAGAGACUUUUUAUGGCUUAUGUCAUUGCAUAUUGGAAAAUUACGUUCAGUGCCAUACAAAGAAACAAAUAAAAGCAUUAACUGUUAUUUACAAGGUCAAAGAGUUUUGAGCAACACUAUAAUUUAUGCUAUUUUUUUAUUUUAUUAUUAUUUUUUUUUGGAUUAAGCAGUCAUAUAUUUUUUUUAUAAAACUGUUUGGUUGAAAAAAAAAACGGCAACAUGGACACAAUUGUUUAAACAUUCUUCAUAUACCGGGAAAAACAGAAGUUAAUUUAUUGUGGAAGAUCAACACUCUUGAGUCUGUUUUCAUGAGGUGGCCACUGUCCAUUUGCUUCCAAGCUUUCUAUAAAAGACAAACGCAACAGCCGUUUGUUGAAUCAUGGUUGUACUUUAUUUGUAACAGGUGCACUGUCAACAGAAUGUUUAUUAAAUGUCGGUGGGUAAUCUGUUGUGAUAAACUUUUACGCAUCGGAAAGACUGGAUUAGAUCUGUAUUCAGAUUUAUAUUUAGCAGCUACUCAGCUAUUUUGUCGAGACUUCUUUGCUGCCCUGUACACGUUUGAUGAAGCACUACUUCCUCCGUGCCUUAUCCGCCGCCGCUGAACAACAGAGGCCGACAAUUACCCCGGAUCAUAACAACAGGUCUUCGCGUUACUUUCACCCCCUCCGGACAAUAGGCGACCUUCGCGCUUUUCACAAGACACCGAUCCCAUGUCGACGAAGAAGCACCGUAAAGAAAAAAAGGAGGCGCGAAAACUUUUUUUUUUCUCGACAAAAGGGUUAAAUACAGAGAAAUCAGAUUCUGAACAAGCUGCAUGCAACUGCAAACUUUACCUUUUUACUAACCGCCGUUUUCGAUGUUUAUUAUGGAGCCCCUUCAAAUGUGCUCUAUAACGGACUACUAGACAGAACCUAUGUCGCAUUUUUAUCGCAUGCUAGUCCAUCAUUGCGGUAAGCGGCUAAAAGCGCAGUCGCUGAUUUUCCACAGCUGUAAUAUAAAGAAAGGUUACAUUGCUUCGAUGUAACUUCGACAUUGCAGUUAAAAGUACAAUAACCUUUGCAUAACAAAAACAUUUUUUUUUCAUCCCUUGCCCGAGGCUCGGCGCAUGCGCGCUCUCUGUUUGCUGUCACUAAAACAUUUUUCUUCGCAUUGGAAACUGUCACGAGUGACGUCAAUCACAGAGCUCUGACCAAUUAGAGCGCUCGGUGAUUGUUUGGCUCCACGGGCUGCAGCGCCUACCAUGAAUCUCUAUUCAGUAUAUCAAAGCGUCCUGCUGCUGCCUCUCAACCGAAUGGGAUUCCACGUAGGCACUGAGAUAGCAACUAAACUUUAGGGGAAGUUUAUUAUUUUUUUUUUUUCUUUCGUAUUCUUCAAAGCGAUUAAAAUAUAUUUGUCAUCAUCAUUAUUAUUAUUUUGCCUGCUGUCAAGUUAUUCUAAAAUUAGGAGUAAUGAGCGUGGAUGCUUUGGGAAGCCCUGUGAUGGACCCCGCGUUUUCCAAACGGAACACGACGCUGAGAUUAGUUGACUUGGCAGGGGCUCACCACCAUCACCAUCAUCACCACCAUACCCCUCAGAGCGUGACAGGCUUCCCGGGGUUCAGCAGCCAUCCACACUCAAUGGCUCACUCGCACCCUGGGGAGAUGACUGCGGAACCCCGCCUGGGGCCGAGUCCAUUCGGGCCAGAACACAUGGGGCACUCCGCGGCCCUCAAAAUCAGCCCAACCCAUCAUUAUCCCCACCACCAUCACCACCACAAUCAUCAUAUUGCAGGCCACAGUGAAGUGGUCUCCAGUCAAACGGGAGCUUUUGGCCCGGUGCAGGCGGCAACGGUCCCGUACUCUAUGUCUCACACGGCCCAGGCGCUAUCCGCAGGUAGGGACUUCCUCAUUCGCCGAGAUUUGACAGCUCAAGCCAUGCCCGUGCUGACCGAUCAGACAUCUGGUUCAGCCUCUCACCACGGAAUGUUUGUCUCAACAACAGGUAGCUAUCCGGGACACUAUGGUCAUCACCCCGACCCCGGGAACCAUACGCUCUUCCCUGGACUUCAUCACGAGCAGCCAUCUACCGGAGCACCAGGUGGCCAAGCCUUGAACGGACAAAUAAGGUUAGGAAUACCUGCCGAAAUGUACGUUCGGUCUGAUCAUUUGAGUCAAGUAGCAAGCUCCAGGGCAGACCCGUUUGCCGCUUCUCCUCUGCACGGAUACGGCGGGCUGAAUCUGAACAUGAAUCUCAGCGCACAUCACCACCACGGUGCUGGCGCGUUUUUCCGAUACAUGAGGCAGCCGAUCAAGCAAGAGCUCAUCUGCAAGUGGCUGGAGCCCGAGCACUCGGCGAAAAAACUUUGCUCCAAAACUUACAGCACCAUGCACGAGCUAGUGACACAUGUGACGGUGGAGCACGUCGGAGGACCGGAGCAAGCGAACCAUAUCUGUUUUUGGGAAGAGUGUCCGCGAGAGGGAAAGCCGUUUAAAGCAAAGUACAAACUUGUGAAUCACAUCAGAGUGCACACCGGAGAGAAACCGUUUCCGUGUCCGUUCCCCGGCUGUGGAAAAGUAUUUGCCAGAUCGGAAAACUUGAAAAUACACAAGAGGACGCACACAGGUGAAAAGCCUUUCAAAUGCGAGUUUGACGGCUGUGACAGACGGUUCGCCAACAGCAGUGACCGGAAAAAGCAUUCCCACGUACACACUAGCGAUAAGCCGUACAACUGCAAAGUCAGAGGUUGUGACAAAUCGUACACUCAUCCCAGCUCUUUGAGAAAACACAUGAAGGUGCACUGCAAGUCUCCACCUCCGAGUUCGGGUUACGAAUCAUCGACUCCAUCUCUUGUUUCUCCUUCAUUGGACUUGGGAAGGGAGCCAGCUCCCUCUGCGCUCUCCGAGCCCCUCUCAUCAUCGUCCCAGCCGGCCAAUUUAAGCGAAUGGUACGUGUGUCACAGCUCCGGUGCCAAUGGCCCUCAGACCCCACCCAGCGGUUCAUCCACACCGGGCCAUACAGAGGGGCCAACGUACGGCAAUCCUGAACGGAGGGACGCCUUCUAGCAAAAUGUAAUCUUAUUUUGGCAAAGUGACUAAAAUGACUUUCACAUCUUAUAUUAUUUGGACAGUCCGUUUUGGACUGAAUGCUCGCAGGCUGACGCCUGUGGAAGUCAGUUCAAAGAGCAGGCUUGUUCACUUUUACUGCCUUACUGAAGGAUGCACUGGCCCUUUGACAGCUAAUGUCACUGCCUAACCACCAGUCGAUAUAAAACACGUCCCGAGUGUCCAUGUUUCUAAAUAGUGUACCGACCGUACGCAUGUCACUGUAUUAUUUUGUAAAUUCUGCUUUGAUUUCAAUAUCUUUUUUUAUUUAUUUUUUAAUCGGUAAAUAUUUUUUUUUUCUUUUUUUUUUAUUACUGAACCAAAGUGCUUAAUUAUUAAACAUGUACAGUUAAUGUCUAUGUGUAAACAGUAAUUUUGUAAGGUUUUGUCGUUCAGCAGUUUUUAAAUGUUUGCUACUAUACUUUGUACAAAAGUAAUAUUUGGGAUAUUUUGAAUUUCAUAAAGACGUAGACUCUUUCCUCCUUUUGUGCUUUCGCCAGCCAAGCCAAUUUGAUGGAAACGGUGUUAUUGUAUUUGAUAUGAAGGUUCAUUUAUGAUUAGUCAUUAAUCAAUGUGGUUAUUUUGUGAUUUUGUAAAACUUGUCAGCAAUCCAUUUUUAUGAAAAAAAAAUAUUAAUUAUCAGAAGAGACCUUAAAAUGUGUACCGAAAUGCCUUGUAAGUUGUCAGUAUUUUGAAUAAAUUGUGUAUGAUGCAAAGCUAAAA